UCCGCCGUGAGAUCGACCACAUCGUCCAGGGUCCCCGAAUCUCCACUCAACGGCCUCAACAGGCCAUCAAGACAGGCCGUGCGCUCCUUGAGAUCGUGGAUUCUCCAGCCUCGUGGCACCGAUCAUGCGAAGAAAGAGUCACGGACUGUCGCCGGUAACUCCGCUACAAAUCCCGAACCUAGCCUGUCCUGGUUUCAUCUUGGCUCCAUCUUGGCUCCGGCCUGUUUGUUGGCCUCGUAGGACAGAAACCUCCACUCUUUCCCUAAAUCCCAUUGCCGGAUGCACUUCGUGCGUGCCUGUGCAUGGACAAAAGACUGAGAAUUCGUACCAAGCCAUGUCUCAGCGCAAGAAGCCAAGACAGGCAGGAUGGCUUACACCUUCAGGGCUAGUGCGCCGCCCCCAGCAAGCCAGUCCCUGCCGCUCUGUUUUGCCUGCCUGUUCUACAUACAUAGUAGUAUUCGUAUGUCAAUCCCUCCCGCGCCUCACCUCCGAUCGAUCCAACAAGCGCCAUGCUGUCCAACCGCUCGGCUACGCCACGACGGUCUAUGAGGCCCACCCUCACCGCGCGUUUCCCACUAAUCAACGGCCUCGCCUCACUCCCAGUUCCCGCGGUUGCGUUGUCUUUUGAGGCUGGCAGCUUGUAGUCGGUGUGCGUGUGGCUUCGUGGCAACAAUAUCUGCCGUGCUUCCCGGCGGCCGGCAGACUCGAGGUCCGAAAAGGCGG